GUUCCGCGGGACUUGGAGAAAGGGUUCCAGUGAGACACACUGCGCCGGCGUGCGGGCGCGAGCGGUCAAAGCGCCUUCCGGAGGCCGCCAAACUGCGUUCUUUUCCCCGUCUGUCGCUGUCGAAGUGCCCUGAACGAGAUUUACUGAGGUCGCCAUUGGAGGCGCGUUUCUACAGCUCUGAGACCUCGCAGUGUCCAGCUACUCCGGCCCUUGCCCUUUGACCCUGCUCUUGCGGCGGGGUGAGAGGUCGGUGGCCAUCUUGUGGCGGCGGUGCGGGCGGCUGUUACUGCGGAGACCCAUCCCCCUCCCCCCCUUGUCCGCCUGGCUGUCUGUCAGUCAGUGAAGAGUCCCGCAGGAGGUCCGGUGGGGCCCUGGCCUUGCGCCGUCGCUCUUCCCGCCGCACUGGGCGGCCCAGGCCGCUCCCCGCCGGGCCUCACCGUCGCCACCAUGUCCUCCUUCUCGGAGUCGGCGCUGGAAAAGAAGCUGUCGGAGCUGAGCAACUCUCAGCAGAGCGUGCAGACCCUGUCUCUGUGGCUUAUCCACCACCGCAAGCACGCGGGACCCAUCGUCUCAGUCUGGCAUCGCGAGCUCCGCAAAGCCAAAUCAAAUAGAAAGCUUACUUUUCUGUACUUAGCAAAUGAUGUCAUCCAAAACAGUAAAAGGAAAGGACCUGAGUUCACUAGAGAAUUUGAAUCUGUCCUUGUGGAUGCUUUUUCUCAUGUUGCCAGAGAGGCAGAUGAAGGCUGUAAAAAACCUUUAGAAAGAUUGCUGAACAUCUGGCAAGAAAGAAGUGUGUAUGGCGGCGAGUUCAUACAGCAGCUGAAGCUGUCUAUGGAGGACUCCAAGAGCCCUCCCCCCAAAGCCACAGAGGAGAAGAAGUCUCUGAAGAGAACUUUUCAGCAGAUACAAGAGGAGGAGGAUGACGACUACCCUGGAAGCUACUCUCCCCAAGACCCUUCUGCAGGACCCCUCUUGACUGAGGAACUAAUCAAAGCUUUGCAAGACCUGGAAAAUGCCGCAUCAGGGGAUGCUACUGUCCGCCAGAAAAUUGCUUCUUUGCCCCAGGAAGUACAAGAUGUUUCUCUACUGGAAAAAAUAACAGACAAAGAGGCAGCUGAACGUCUUUCAAAAACAGUAGAUGAAGCAUGUCUGUUACUAGCAGAAUAUAACGGGCGCCUGGCGGCGGAACUGGAAGACCGGCGCCAGCUGGCUCGGAUGUUGGUGGAGUAUACCCAGAACCAGAAAGAUGUUUUGUCAGAAAAGGAGAAAAAACUAGAAGAAUAUAAACAGAAGCUCGCUCGGGUCACCCAGGUUCGCAAGGAACUGAAGUCCCACAUUCAGAGCUUGCCAGACCUCUCUUUGCUGCCCAACGUCACAGGGGGCUUAGCCCCCCUGCCCUCUGCUGGUGACCUGUUUUCCACCGACUAGGGCAGGUAUCUGCCCCAGAUUCCCAUCUCUACCAGCAGAAAGAGGAGGGCAAGUCAUGGUUGGAAAUGACCUUGUAGCCCCUGGUUCUGUCCCUCCUUCCGCCUGGCCCCCAGCCUCCCAACCUCAAGAAAGAACCACAGACUCUGAUCUCCUCUCCAGCCUCUCCUGUUGAGCACAAUUCAGAACAGGGGCAAACGCAGUCCAGUUUAGAUUGGUAUUUGGAAAGAAUAUAAACUCUUCUACUUUGUGUUUUUAUGCCCCUGUUGGUUUUCCAUUCUUAACCCUCUUUUUAUACCCAAGAAGUUAGAAAAAUCAUGUGUACUUUUGGAAGCUUUCAGAAGAACCUUGUCCCUGAUGAUAGUAUUGUGUCAUGAAAGCAGCUUCUGUCUGAGCGGGGCUUGUUCAAGUUCAGUACAGGCUUCCAUUGAGGGACUCACUGUGGAGUCACUGGCUUUCCCUGACUCCUCUAACCCCAAAGAGAGGCACAACUGUAGAGCAGCUUUGCCAUAAGGAAGGAGUUUGCCAAAUCUCCGAUUCUCUUUUCCCAUUACUUCUAGUGACGUGUAGUCAGGGGUUCAGUGCAUUUGUUUUGGAAGCAGACUAGAGAAUCUAGCAAGAAGAUCUGAAGCUGAUCUGGGACAUAAAAUCACAGUUCAGAGGCAGUAACGGCAAUUAUAAGUAUGAGUUAAAAAGUAAUUUGCUUCAAGUUCCUGCAAACAACCUUCCCAGGCUGCCCUUACCGAGAGACCACCCAGUACAAUGGAACACGUUCCUGAAAACACGUGUUUGACCGCAGUUGGUUGUGGUAGGUGCUUUGUAGAAAUGGCAGUGCUGGGCCCCCAAAGCCAAAGGCAUACUGAGACUCUGGGCUCUGUGUGGGCAUUGCUUUGACCCUUUCUUCUGGGGAGAGGUCACACAGUAACAUUAACUCGCUGUGGGGAGCAUAUGUCCUCAGGAUGGUGACGAAACUUGAAUAUCUCCUUUGCAAACACGACACUGCACACCCAUCUGUCCGUCAGUGCAGACACCGCUGCAUGUGUCCCGGGCCCAGGCGUGCUUUGCAUCAGGGGUUACUGAAGAGCUCGUCUUGGGCAGGGAAGUUGGGGAUAUUAAUUUUGGGUUUUAAUUCUUUUAUCAUGCCAGCUGACAUUACUACUACAUAAUGUAGUUAGGAUUUUUACCUUGUUUUUAGUAAAGGUUAGGCCUGCUAACCCUUAAAUCAUUCUGAUUUGGCAGGCUUAUUUUGACAUUGGAAAGGGCAGACAACUUGGCCCAAUAGUGUAGUAAGAAUUAUAGUCCAGAGGCUAAAAUCCCAAAGCUAUAAAAAGGGAUCCCUUGUUGGGGGGGAGCUCCAAAAUCUCUAUUAGUGUGGGCUGUUGCUCAGAUUUGAGUAUGGACUGUGUGUUCUUACUGCCACUGCCUCUUCUGUCCGUACUGAAUUAAUGAGUCUGUCUGAAGUUUUUCUCUCAGAGGCCACAGGGCAGGGGCGACUUGACUGAAAUUGCAGGAUGAGCUCCGGUCUUGGCUGUUUGUGCACAUGCGCCCCUCCCGUGUGCUGCGCUGCUUUAGUCCCGCUCAGGAGCGUGUUUCUCAGCAGACCCUGGGCCAUCCUUUGGGCUUCGCCAAGGACGCAAAAUCUUACUAGCCACAGAAGAACCCAAAAAAGGGUAUAGUAGAUACUUGCUCUCAUCGGCCAGACGAAAUGUUCUAACUGAAUGGAUUUUGCCCACUGUGAUGUUUUAUCUGAUUGAGUCUGACCAGCAAUUGGUGCAUAAUUAUUACAGCAAGAGCAAGAGAUGAAACUAGCAAUUAUGUAAAUGAAUGUUGGCCUCUUAACACAUGUUACUAGUGAACUUCCUGUGAGGAAGUUAGGGUUUUUUGUUUUGUUUUUUUAAUGAAAUGCUUUUGGUUUUUAAAACUUAAUUCUCUCCUAUCCUCCCCAAGUGUGCUUACUUCAUUUGUUUAAUUUAAGGACCUGGCGGGGUGGGGCGGGUGGUUUUGUUUCGUGUUUGUUCUUCUUUACUUAGGGCACCUGUAGACCUCAGAGGACUUCUCCUUUAGGUCGGAUUCCUCAAAGUCUUCAUCCUUCCCCCUUUUUCUUAAAGAAUAUUUUUAAAGCUUAAAUUUGUAUAUUAAUUUAGGACUUUAUUUAGAAGUAUAGGCUGUCUUUGGUGGCAGCAGUAUAUUCUGAAAUGUCUCAUAGAUAUAUAUUUUUGAAUAAAGAUGGUGUUGUUGAACGA